AUGCUUAUCGGGUUAUGCGGCGGUAUCUGUGCGGGCAAGCAUGCGAUUGCUGAAUAUUUGAUUCAACACCAAGGAUUUCAACUUUUGGAACUUGCUCAUAAACCCCACCACGGCAUUAUCGAUGAGCCGGAUGAUGACCUGCGGCUAAAGGCGUCGGAAAUCAAGAACAGUGGAGAAUCCACAGCAGAAUUUGUGUUUGAGACAGCCGAUUUAUUGCUGGAAUUCGUGACCAAAAAGUGGCAAGGACGCUGGGUGACGACGGACAUUGCGGAUAGCGCAACCUUAGACCGUUUUCAUUUACGACCCUUUUUCCUUCUCGUGAGUGUAGAUGCUCCAGUCAGUCUUCGCUGGAAACGAUUCUCCGACCGAUGCUGGAGAAGACAAUUAGAUCCUCCGGACCUUGAAAAAUUUGUCAUAUGGAAUGACCGCCAUCUAUAUCAAAAGGACAUUGGACGUGUUUACCUCACCGAUCGAGCCCAAGUACGCCUCUUCAACUCUUCCGCGUCUCUAGAAGAGCUCCAUUCUUCUCUAGAAACCCUUGACCUUGCGAACGAGCAACGGCUUCGACCGAAUUGGGACCAAUAUUUCAUGGAGCUUGCAUCGCUUGCUGCACAGAGAAGCAAUUGUAUGAAACGACGAGUAGGGUGUGUUCUGGUCCGAGAACGCCGUGUCAUCAGUACAGGUUACAACGGAACACCCCGACACCUCGCAAACUGCAAUGAAGGUGGAUGUCCCCGCUGCAAUCGUGGCGACGGUGGGGGAGUUGGACUAUCAACUUGCCUAUGUCUCCACGCAGAAGAAAAUGCACUGCUAGAGGCUGGCAGAGAGCGUAUCCGAGAAGGUGCAACCCUCUACUGUGACACGUGUCCCUGCUUGACCUGUACUGUCAAGAUUACACAGGUUGGGAUUUCGGAAGUGGUCUACUCACAAGGAUAUAAUAUGGAUAAAGACGUGUACGGCUACGGCAGUUCAGCCCCCUGUGUUCAUAUUUUAGCUUGGGCAAGAACUGUCAUCAUGCCUACUGUUCACCUUUUGGACUACGUUGCAGGUAACAUCCGUUCCCUGGUCAAUGCGAUCAACCAAGUGGGUUAUGAAGUCGAAUGGAUUAAAUCCCCAGAGGAUGUCAAGAAUGCGGACAAAUUGAUCCUCCCUGGUGUUGGUCACUUUGGUCACUGUCUUUCUCAACUUGACAAGGGCGGAUUUCUGGGCCCGAUUCGGGAACAUAUCAGCGCCGGAAAGCCAUUCAUGGGUAUUUGUGUCGGUCUACAAGCACUCUUCCAAGGAUCCGAAGAAGAUUCGGACGUUCCAGGCCUGGGUUUAAUUCCCACUCGCAUUCAAAAAUUUGAUGAUGUGGCUAAAAGUGUACCACACAUUGGAUGGAACUCGGCUAUGAACACUGGGGCUGCAUCACAAGAGCAAAGCUUUUAUGGUCUACGGCCUUCCAGCAAAUAUUAUUACAUACACUCCUACGCUGCACUUUACGAACCCGGCGUUCUUGAAAAGGAUGGGUGGUCUGUCGCCACAGCUACCUAUGGCGAACAAGAGUUCAUUGGUGCCAUCAGUCGAGGAAACAUCUUCGGCACUCAGUUUCACCCCGAGAAGAGUGGCGCAGCAGGGUUACGGGCGAUCCGAGCAUUUUUGACUGGUGAUCAAUUCCAGUCUCUUCCUCGGGAAUUGAUUGGAGGCAAAGCAGAUGGACUGACUCGACGUGUUAUCGCUUGUCUCGACGUACGGACAAAUGAUUCAGGUGAUCUUGUUGUCACCAAAGGAGACCAGUAUGAUGUGCGCGAAAAGAGUGGGGUAGAAGCAGGUGGUCACGUCCGAAAUCUGGGCAAGCCUGUUGAUAUGGCAAAAAAAUAUUAUGAACAAGGAGCGGAUGAGGUCACAUUUUUGAACAUCACUUCCUUCCGAAACUGCCCAGUUGCGGACACACCCAUGCUUGAAAUCUUACGGCGGACAUCAGAAACCGUCUUCGUGCCUUUGACCAUUGGUGGGGGUAUCAGAGACACGGUAGACACUGACGGCACUCAAAUUCCGGCGUUAGACGUGGCGACAAUGUAUUUCAAGUCUGGAGCUGACAAGGUCAGCAUUGGGUCCGAUGCCGUCUUUGCCGCUGAGGAUUACUACCAAGCUGGCAAGCAAUUGAGCGGUCUUACAGCGAUUGAAACCAUCUCCCAGGCUUAUGGCAAACAAGCUGUGGUGGUGAGUGUGGACCCUAAGCGCGUCUACGUAGAUGGACCCGAUUCUACCAAUCACCACACAUUGAAGACCGCAUACCCUAAUGCUGCAGGGCAAUCUUACUGCUGGUAUCAGUGUACUGUGAAGGGGGGUCGAGAAACUCGCGAUAUGGAUGUACGACAACUGGUGCAGGCUGUGGAGGCCAUGGGAGCAGGAGAGAUUUUACUGAAUUGCAUUGACAAGGACGGCAGCAAUAGUGGCUUUGACUUGGAGCUGAUCAACGAUGUCAAACAAUCCAUUAAGAUUCCAGUUAUAGCUUCUAGUGGUGCAGGAAACCCGGGACACUUUGCGGAGGUGUUCAACCAAACCACCACAGAUGCUGCAUUGGGAGCUGGCAUGUUCCACCGCGGGGAGUACACCGUGAGCCAAGUUAAAGACUAUUUGCAAGACAAUGGCUUCUUGGUGCGACAAUUCGAGGCUAAGAUAUAA